GCGGCACCGACACCGGCCCCGGCCGCGCCGAGCCGAGCCGCGCCGAGCCGAGCCGCGCCGCCGAGACCAGGCGAGAGCUGACGUGAGGUCCGGGCUCGAUGCGGGCUCUGCGCGCCGGGGUGAGAGGCAGCACCCGGCGCGGCCCGGCCGGCAGCCAUGCCCUGGAGCGUCCGCUGGGUCGGCGGCCACGGCGCCCAGUCGCAGAAGCAGUGCAAGAAAUCCUCCUUCGCCUUCUACCAGGCGGUGAGGGACCUGCUGCCCGUCUGGUUCCUGGAGGACAUGCGGACCAUGGAGGUGUUCCACUGGGAGGACGGCGGCAGGGUGAGCGCGUACUCGCCCUCCGAAGCCCUGCUGUACGCGCUGGUGCACGACCACCAGCCCUACGCCCGGCACCUGCUGACUAAGUUCCCCCAGAGCGCCCUGGCCGUGCCCAGCCAGAGCUUCAGCUGCUGCCAGUCCUCGGCCCCGCACCUGGCCAUGGCCGUGCGCUACAACCGCGUCCGCAUCCUGCUGCGCAUCCUCAAGGCCAUCCAGGCCUUGCCGCCCAGCGACAGGGCCGGCCGGCUGGACCGCCGCGGCUGCAGCCGCGUGGAGGACGGCCAGACGGCCUUGCACGUGGCCUGCGAGCUGGUGCGGCCCGAGUGCCUGCUCCUGCUGCUGGGCCACGGCGCCUCGCCCUGCCUGCGCGACGGGGCCGGCAACACCCCCCUCGACACCUUGCUGCAGCAGGUCUCGCACGCGCCCGCGGCCGACAUGCGCGCCAAGCUGCUCUGCCUCGACUGCCUCUUCUUCUUCGUGCCUCACGACCUCCGGUUCGCCAUGAAGCAGCAGCUGUUGGACAACCGGCAGCGGUGGCAGGAGCUGCUGGGGGAGAACAGGUUCCGCUGCCUGGUGGGGUUAGCUCCCCCGUCGCUGUUUGUCGGAGCCAUGCGUGUCUUGAUCGGGACCAUUGCACCUGAGCAUUUCCCAGAGGCUUUGGACAAUCUGCCUCUGCCUCAUUUCCUAAAGCCUUUGGACUUGAAACUGGAGAGCUAGAGGGGUGGGACGGGAGCCGUCCGCUCACCCGACAGCACGAGACCGUCGUGCUCACACCGUAGCGCUGUACGAAGCCGCUGAGGCAGCGGCCAGGGGCUGGGUUGAACUGGAACUGCAUUUUUAAAAGGAACUGUAUCUGGCACUUUACAAUAUAUUUUAUUUCAAGA